UUUCCUCCUCUCUCUUCUAAACUCUCUCUGCGCCGUAGUCUAAAAAAACUUCUCUCUGCGCCUCCCUUUUGAAACUGCUCUUUCUCCAAGUCGCAUGGAUCUUCCUUUUCCUCUACAAACCCAGUCACGAUCGUCCUAUUCCUCUGCAGAUCUAGUUCGCAAGUAGGUUUCAGCCUCCUCGGGAAAUUAAAGAAAUGUUGAAGUUGUGCUGGAAGUAGGAGAAGUGCACUGACAGCUUCAGGCUUGACCUCCUCCUCAGCGACAGCUUUACCUCAUAAUUAGCUUUAGGCUCGGCCACCUCAAAAUCAGCUUCCUUUCUUACCUCCUCCUCCUUAGCCACAGCUUUAUGUCUAACCUCCUCUUCCUCAGCCCCUUCAUUUUCAACUCCCACUACUUCAUUAGUAGGUGAUGCUGCUACCCGUGUAGCAUCUACUUUAGAGGUCAUUGAAUUCACAAAUGUAUGAAAUUCAUUUUUCACCCAAUCCGCUCCCAUGACCUCCUUUAUUCUAUUGAAUGCAGUCUUGUCUUCCUCAUAGGCAGGAACCUCAACGGUUGACGCCCUCACUACUUCCUCAUACCAAGCAGCAACCCUUGCUUCCUUUUUUAUUGGGCAGUGUUUGGCCGAAGCUGAGGCAAGAAUUCUGAAUUUAGACUUAUGCAAUCCAUGCCAGUUUUUGGAGGUCUAUGAUUGUAAAGGGGAACAGUGUGAGUUUCGUAAGUAUUUUGGUACUGAAGCUGGUUUGUUUCCUUUUGCAAUCAUAGACCUCCAAAAAUUGGCAUGGAUUGCAUAAGUCCAAAUUCAGAAUUCUUGUCUUAGCUUCAGCCAAACACUGCCCAAUAAAAAAAGGAAGCUAGGGUUGCUGCUUGGUAUGAGGAAGCAGUGAGGGCCUCAACCGUUGGGGUUCCUGCCUAUGAGGAAGACAAGGCUGCUUUCAAUAGAGUAAAGAAGGCCAUGGGAGCGGAUUGGGUGAAAAAUGAAUUUCAUACAUUUAUGAAUUCAAUGACCUCUAAAGUAGAUGCUGCACGGGUAGCAACACCACUUACUAAUGAAGUGGUGGGGGUUGACAAUGAAGGGGUUGAGGAGGAGGUUAGACAUGAAGCUGUGGUUGAGGAGGAGGAGGUAAGAAAAGAAGCUGAUUUUGAGGUGGCCGAGCCUGAAGUUGAUUCUGAGGUGGUUGAGCCUGAAGCUAUCGCUGAGGAGGAGAUCGAGCCUGAAGCUGUCACUGAGGAUGUCGAGGCCAGUAAUGAAGCUAUGGCUGUUAACGAGCAAAGAAUUGCUGCCAUCUACAAGAAGGAAGAUGACGAGGAUAACGAAGAUGAAGAUUGAGAAAAAUUGAAGUAUAUAUUUGGUGAGAAAAUUCAAAAUUCUGUUUGUGUAUGAGCGAGAGAUAAAGAGGGUGAUUUAGUGGGUUUUUGUGGUGUGCUUUCUUUCUAUCUUCUUGAUUUUUUAAUUUGCAUGGUGAUUUGUAGGAUCUUUGAUAUGAGAAUAGAAUGCAGAAAUAUGUUUUGAUUUUGUUA